ACUCCUGCACUGGAGUCCCGGGCCGCUGCAAUCGCCGCCGUGUCACCGAGCCCAGAAGAUCUGCGCGCGGGAGCAUCGCGUUCGUGAGCUGGACAGGUCCGGGCGCCCCAGUGGGACCCGGGGGCUAUCCUUUGCAAGUUGGGGCUUAGCGACCCCGAGAGACUGAAAGUGAGUGCUUUGAAGGGGAGGCAACCCGGCAAAUCGCCCAGAGUUAUUCUUUGGCGCCUUCUAGCAGUCGUGACUCCGAAAACCGGUUUGCAGAGACCCUCGAGUUGUGCGCGCCAUCUCCGUUAGCCUCCGUUUUGUUCCGCCCCAAAUCAGCGCUCCGGGCCGAGCCUCCCAACGCCGGCGGUCCGACUGCGCUUCCCUCUCCUCCCGAGAGCCUUCCAGCCUUGCUUUCCCCGUCCUGCCGUCGGUCCUCCCCACAGGAUGAUCGCCUCGCAUCUGCUCGCCUACUUCUUCACGGAGCUCAACCAUGACCAAGUGCAGAAGGUUGACCAGUAUCUCUACCACAUGCGUCUGUCAGAUGAGACCCUGCAGGAGAUCUCGAAGCGAUUCCGCAAGGAAAUGGAGAAAGGGCUUGGAGCUACCACCCACCCCACGGCUUCUGUCAAAAUGCUUCCCACCUUUGUGCGGUCGACUCCAGAUGGGACAGAACAUGGCGAAUUCCUGGCUCUGGACCUUGGAGGAACCAACUUCCGUGUGCUUCGGGUGAGGGUCAUGGACAACGGGCUCCAGAAGGUCGAGAUGGAGAACCAGAUCUACGCCAUCCCCGAGGACAUCAUGCGCGGCAGUGGCACCCAGUUGUUCGACCACAUUGCUGAAUGCCUGGCCAACUUCAUGGAUAAGCUACAAAUCAAAAACAAGAAGCUCCCUUUGGGUUUUACCUUCUCAUUCCCCUGUCAUCAAACAAAGCUAGAUGAGAGUUUCCUGGUCACGUGGACUAAAGGAUUCAAGUCCAGUGGCGUGGAAGGCAGAGAUGUGGUUGAUCUGAUCCGAAAGGCCAUCAAGAGGAGAGGAGACUUUGAUAUUGACAUCGUGGCUGUGGUGAACGACACGGUUGGGACCAUGAUGACGUGUGGUUAUGAUGACCAGAACUGCGAGAUCGGUCUCAUCGUGGGCACGGGCAGCAACGCCUGCUACAUGGAAGAAAUGCGCCACAUUGACACGGUGGAGGGAGACGAGGGGCGCAUGUGCAUCAACAUGGAGUGGGGGGCCUUCGGGGAUGACGGCACCCUGGAUGACAUCCGCACCGAGUUUGACCGCGAGAUCGACAUGGGCUCCCUGAACCCUGGGAAGCAGCUGUUUGAGAAGAUGAUCAGCGGCAUGUACAUGGGGGAAAUAGUGAGACUCAUCCUGGUGAAGAUGGCCAAGGAAGAACUGCUUUUUGGUGGGAAGCUCAGCCCAGACCUCCUCGCUACAGGUCGCUUUGAGACCAAAGAUGUUUCUGACAUUGAAGGGGAGAAGGAUGGCAUCCGGAAGGCACGGGAGGUCCUGGUGCGGCUGGGCUUGGACCCGACUCAGGAGGACUGCGUGGCCACUCACCGGAUCUGCCAGAUCGUGUCCACGCGCUCAGCCAGCCUGUGUGCAGCCACGCUGGCGGCUGUGCUGCGGCGCAUCAAGGAGAACAAGGGCGAGGACCGGCUGCGCUCCACCAUUGGGGUCGACGGCUCCGUCUACAAGAAGCACCCGCAUUUUGCUAAGCGACUUCACAAGGCCGUGCGGCGCCUGGUGCCUGACUGUGAUGUCCGCUUCCUCCGCUCCGAGGAUGGCAGUGGCAAGGGCGCUGCCAUGGUGACGGCCGUGGCCCACAGGCUGGCCGACCAACACCGAGCCCGCCAGAAGAUCCUGGAGGCUCUGAAGCUGAGCCGCGAGCAGCUGCUGGAGGUCAAGAAGAGGAUGAAGGUGGAGAUGGAGCGGGGCCUGAGCAAGGAGACACAUGCCGUGGCCCCAGUCAAGAUGCUGCCCACUUACGUCUGCUCCACCCCAGAUGGAACCGAGAAAGGUGACUUCCUGGCCUUGGACCUUGGGGGAACCAAUUUCCGGGUUCUGCUGGUGCGUGUACGUAACGGGAAGCGACGGGGAGUGGAGAUGCACAACAAGAUCUACUCCAUCCCGCAGGAGGUCAUGCAUGGCACCGGGGACGAGCUCUUUGACCACAUCGUCCAGUGCAUCGCAGACUUCCUGGAGUACAUGGGCAUGAAAGGCGUGUCCCUGCCCCUGGGCUUCACCUUCUCCUUCCCCUGCCAGCAGAACAGGCUGGAUGAGAGCAUCCUUCUCAAGUGGACAAAAGGUUUCAAGGCAUCUGGCUGUGAGGGCGAGGAUGUGGUCACUCUGCUGAAGGAAGCCAUUCACCGGCGAGAGGAGUUUGACCUGGAUGUGGUUGCUGUGGUGAAUGAUACAGUUGGGACUAUGAUGACUUGUGGCUACGAGGACCCUCACUGUGAAGUCGGCCUCAUUGUGGGCACCGGCAGUAAUGCCUGCUACAUGGAGGAGAUGCAGAACGUGGAGCUGGUGGAUGGGGAAGAGGGGCGGAUGUGUGUCAACAUGGAGUGGGGGGCCUUUGGGGACAAUGGCUGCCUGGACGACUUCCGCACAAAAUUUGACAUGGCUGUGGAUGAGCUUUCCCUGAACCCUGGAAAACAGAGGUUCGAGAAAAUGAUCAGUGGCAUGUACUUGGGUGAGAUUGUCCGUAACAUCCUCAUCGAUUUCACCAAGCAGGGUCUACUAUUCCGUGGCCGAAUUUCAGAACGGCUCAAGACAAGGGGAAUCUUUGAAACCAAAUUCCUGUCUCAGAUUGAGAGUGACUGCCUGGCCCUGCUGCAGGUCCGUGCCAUCCUGCACCACCUGGGGCUGGAGAGCACCUGUGAUGACAGCAUCAUUGUCAAGGAGGUGUGCACCGUGGUGGCCCGGCGGGCGGCCCAGCUCUGCGGGGCGGGCAUGGCGGCCGUGGUGGACAAAAUCCGAGAAAACCGUGGGCUAGACUCUCUCAAAGUUACAGUGGGCGUGGACGGGACUCUCUACAAGCUACAUCCUCACUUUGCAAAAGUCAUGCAUGAAACAGUAAAGGACCUGGCUCCGAAAUGUGACGUGUCCUUCCUGGAGUCGGAGGACGGCAGUGGGAAAGGAGCUGCCCUCAUCACGGCCGUGGCCUGCCGGAUCCGGGAGGCUGGACAGCGGUAGAAACACUGAACUGGAAGCAGCGUCCUCUGGUUCCCCAUCCCUGGGUUUCAACAAUAAGAUGCCGUCCCCUGUGUCAGAGACAGACUCCCUUGUGGCUUUUCCUUGGCAGAGAGGAAUCCUGUACAACUCGCUUGUCUCUACCUCCCAUCUGUGUAGGGUCUGAUCUAAGAAUCUAGUCAAAGUCACCAGGACCCAUGGCUCUUAGAUAAUGUAGUAAAACAGACAGUCCCCCUGAGCAGUCUUCCUCACCAAAUUCCUGCAUGAUCCUAUAGAGCCAUACAGGAUGGGGUCUGUCAGGUAAAGCACGGUUGCUUACAUUUCUAGGUGGAGACAUUCCCCAGCAUGGAGGUUGAUACUAUUUCUCUUCUCAGAGAUCUGGGAGGUCUCUACUGACUGAGCCUGAUUCUCCCACAUGCAGAACUGGGGGGCCAGAGGGGUGAAGAAGGGAAGUCCUUGGAUUGCCUUGUGGCCACCCCUCUUCAUCCUCAUGCACCAGCGCUGGCCUGGAUCUGGCAGUGGUGGGAAUCAAAGUGUCUUGAAUUGGAGCAAAACCAAAGCCAAGAGUGGAUGCGUCCUCUGUGGGAGGUCCACGAAUGGUUCAUUAGCCAUGGACCUGUGCGGAUGGGAAGGGCUUUGGGACUGUUUUAAAAUUAUUUCUCCUGCCGGAGUGGAAACACUGUUGUUUUUCUUUUAAUUUAUGUUAGAAGUUUCCUUAUGUUGCUCUUUCCUCUUGACCCUGUAUGUAAAGCUCCCAUUGUAUGUAAUGUAUUUAUGUGUCAAUUUGUUAUGUAUAUAGAUAAUGUAGGGGCUCCUCAGACCCAGCCUCAAUUAGUCACGUGUGUAGGUUCAAGGAUGAAAAGCAAAGAUACUGACUGGUGACUAGAAAUACCUCAUCUGCCUUUGGGAAGAGAAGGCAAGCCUCUUCGGGGUUGGGGAACAGGAAAGCAGCACCUGUCCAGCUCCUCCUGACCCGGUAGGCUCAGACUUGGAAGGUGAGAGACGGGUCGGGGCGCGGUGGGGUGUUGUGGAAAAGGAAGCUGGACCUCAGUUAGGCAGCCCAGCUUCUUCCUCUACCCACCUCUCUGUCUGGAGACUUCCCGUGGGCAGUGUUAACCAAAGGAAUCAGAAAUCAUUUCAGAUAGACUCAGUGCUUUGAAAUCUUCAUUCUUCGGGCAGUCACUAUGUUUAAGCUCUCUGACAAGGUAAAAGAAGCCACCAGAAACAUUAAAUAUAAUAUAUAUACAUAUAUAUGUAUAUAUACAUAUAUAUAACUGUUGGUAGCAAAUUAAAAUAAAACAAUCAAAACCUCAGGAAGACUUUUGGCAGAUAAGUGCCUUCCUAGCAAAUUUAACCUUGAGUUUGUUUUGUAAAUGUUGUACAAGAACUGUUGUCCAAGGGUUUCCUGAGGGGUUUUAUAUGCAGCAUUUAUUUCAAAUUGCAGGGGGUUGGGGUGGGUAAAAGAAGAAGGGCAGAAAAGCUUCACUCUAUUUUUUAAGAGUGUGAUCAAUCUUGAACCAGAAAACCCCACUUCUGCCCUAAAAUAGACAUACCUACACACAUUAAACCAGAAAACUAUGUGAAAUAGCUUUUUUU